GGGGACCACCCAGGUGACGGACCCAACUCUGUUCUUGGGGCUGCAAAAUAUGCUGUCUCCUUGGCCCCAGAAUACGGACGCCGCGGGUCUUCCGUAGGAGCUGAAAUUUUUUUCCCCCUAGGAGAAGGAUGAACCAGAAGAUAAUGAAGCUGGAGCACUUGCUGCGAGUUCAUGCCCUUUAUAGACAACUACACAGCCUGGGUAGACGAACACUAGCAGAGCGGAGACAUGUGUUUUCAGCUUCGUGCCCGGCAUGGACAGCUCGGCCAAAUGCCUGGCCCUGGCAGACAGACACUGUCCUCAGAGCUGCUUUAUCUCAGUAUAGGCUGAUAGUAACAAAACAGGAAGGAAGACCACAGAAACCUCAGCCAUCUUCCACAAAGUCUAAAAAGGAGGUAGAGGUAUGGAUUGGAAUGACGGUCAACGAGCUGGCCAGAGCAAUGAAAAAAGACAUAGAUUAUAUUUUUGAAGCUUUAAUGAACACAGCAGUGGACUUAGAUUCUCUCAAAGAAGGCUCACGAUUAGAUGAAAUCUGGAUUAAAGAAGUCAUAAAGAAAGCAGGCAUGAAAUUAAAAUGGAACAAAUUAAAACAGGACAAGGUUAAAGAAAAUAAAGAUGCUGUAAGAAGGCCCCAGGCAGAUCCAGCCUUAUCAACCCCGAGGUUCCCAGUUGUUACUAUAAUGGGCCAUGUUGAUCAUGGGAAAACAACAUUACUUGACAAACUGCGAAAAACUCAAGUGGCAGCAAUGGAAGCUGGAGGCAUCACUCAGCACAUUGGUGCCUUUCUUGUCUCUCUGCCUUCUGGGGAAAAGAUCACCUUUCUUGAUACUCCCGGACAUGCUGCUUUCUCAGCAAUGAGAGCCAGAGGGGCCCAGGUGACUGACAUUGUCGUAUUGGUUGUGGCUGCAGAUGAUGGAGUAAUGAAGCAAACCAUGGAAUCUAUUCAGCAUGCUAAAGAUGCCCAAGUUCCUAUUGUCCUGGCCAUAAACAAAUGUGACAAAGCUGAAGCUGAUCCUGAAAGAGUCAAGAAUGAACUGCUAGCGUAUGAUGUGGUCUGUGAGGAUUACGGAGGCGAAGUUCAAGCAGUUCACAUCUCUGCACUCAAGGGUGACAAUCUGAUGGCUUUGGCAGAGGCUGUAAUUGCUCUUGCAGAAAUCUUAGAGUUGAAAGCAGAUCCCACUGGUCUCGUGGAAGGAACAGUAAUAGAAUCUUCCACAGACAAAGGAAAAGGGCCUAUUACAACAGCGAUAAUUCAAAGAGGAACUUUGAGGAAAGGUUCAAUUCUGGUUGCUGGAAAGAGUUGGGCAAAAGUACGACUGAUGUUUGAUGAAAAUGGGAAAACAAUCAGUGAGGCCGGCCCUAGCAUGCCAGUGGGAAUCAUAGGCUGGCGAGAUCUCCCUUCUGCAGGAGAUGAAAUUCUUGAAGUAGAAUCUGAGUCUAGAGCACGAGAAAUUGUUGAAUGGCGGAAAUAUGAACAAGGGCAGGAGAGAAGCAAAGAGGAUCUGAAAAUCAUAGAAGAAAAGCGAAAGGAGCACCAGGAGGCAUAUCAGAAAGACCGUGAGAAGCUUAGCAAUCUGUCCUGGAAGCAGAGGGCGCUUGUAAAGCACAGAGAAUGGAAAAAGCAGCAGCUCCUACAGCCAGAAGGAAAAGGAGGAGAGUCAAACGUACUACCUGUAAUUAUUAAAGGUGAUGUGGACGGUUCUGUUGAGGCCAUUCUGGAUAUUAUGGACACCUACGAUGCGUCACAUGAGUGCGAACUAGAAUUAGUGCAUUUUGGUGUGGGUGAUAUUAGUGAAAAUGAUGUGAGCCUUGCUGAAACCUUCCAUGGUCUUAUAUAUGGCUUCAAUGUGAAUGUAGGCAAAGUUAUCCAGCAGUCAGCUACAAAAAGAGGAGUGAAAAUUAAACUGCACAAGAUCAUUUACCGUCUUGUGGAAGACUUGCAAGAGGAAAUAAGCAGCAAAUUGCCGUGCUCUGUGGACGAAUACCCAAUAGGUGAGGCCUCUGUUCUAGCUACCUUCUCUGUAACUGAAGGAAAGAAAAAACUUCCUGUGGCUGGCUGCAGAGUCCAAAAGGGACAACUAGAAAAACAAAAGAAAUUUAAAUUACUUCGUAAUGGACAUGUUAUUUGGAAGGGUUCACUAACCUCACUGAAACACCAUAAAGAUGAUGUUGCAGUCAUCAGAACUGGAAUGGAUUGUGGUCUCAGUUUGGAUGAAGAAAACAUAGAAUUCAAAAUAGGAGAUGAAAUUAUUUGUUAUGAAGAGAAGAAAGUUGUAACCAAAACUUCUUGGAAUCCAGGAUUUUAAAGUAGCAAAUGACUAAUAUUUUGCUUUAUUGCAAAGCAACUGGUUUUACUUUAUUAAGAUUUAAUAAUUCACUUUUUUAAAAAAAAAAAGCUACUCUACUAAGUGCUUUUAAUUUCAAGCAACUACAGAAAUGACAAACCUUAAGUCUGUCUCCAGCAAGAAAUCCAAGCUUAAGAAAAACAAAAGGGUAUGCUAUCACUGAAUGAGAAUUUCAAGUCUAAUAAACCUAUUUGAAGAGUGGUAUUAGAACAUCUGUUCUCCUGACUAGACCUUAGAAUAAAUAUUUAAAGAUGGGGUGGACAUUAAUGCUCAGAGGAUCAAUCAAGAGGACUUAAUUAUUAACGUCUAUGUACCCAAUGAGAGAUCAUCUAAAUCAAACAUUUACGGAAAGCUACAGCAAUGUAUUAACAGCAACACAGUAAUAGGGGAUUUUAACACCCCACUCUCAACUUUACUCGAGACAGAAAAUUAAUAAAGGAGCUAAAUGAAUAAACUAGAA